CGCCAGCAUAAAAAAGAUAGUUUAACAUUUUUGAACAUUUUCGUGGUACGCACUACCGAGCAAGGCAAGGAACAGUGCCAUGGGUUCUAAGACGAGCAUCAUCACGAACGAACAGCUGUCCGAGUAUGCCGAAUUAACGUACCUUAGUAAAUCGGAAAUCAUUUUCAUUCUGCAAAAGUUUCUGCUACUCGAUGGGGGGCAUCAGUUUUCGCUGACGAAACGCUUUCCCGAACAGGACGUGGUAAACUUGUUUCCUCAGCUAAAGUAUAACCCAUUUCGUGAUCGGUUGCUGCACGUGUUUUCGUCCGAACAUGAUGAUCGUUUUUCGUUCGAAGAUCUGCUGGAUCUGUUUAGUGUGCUUUCGGAGAAGUGUCCACUAGCAGUGAAGGCUACAUGGGCUUUUCAGAUUUACGAUUUUGAUGAUGAUAAUCUAAUCACAAAAGAGGACAUUCUAGAGCUUUGUGAUCGCAUUACAAAGCACGACCGUUUGGAACAGGAAGAGAAAAUGAACAUUGCAGAGCUGUUACUUAAGGAGAUCGAUCUGCAAAAUAAUGGCAACAUCGGGGAAUUUGAGUUCAUUCAUGCCAUGAGCAAGAUGCCUGAAUUCCGGCAGACUUUUUCGUGUCGCGUGUAAAACGUCGAUUACAUUUUGUUAUAUUAAAAAUUGCUUAAGUGUGUUAAAAAAUCUAA